CUCAGCUGUGUCCUUUUAUUUCAUGACUCAAUUGCUUGGCAGUCGACAAUAUUGCUAACAAUUACAUGAUCGGCGCCAGACAGUUGAGAAACUGGUGAUGUCGCGUCCACCUCCUGGCUUGGUUCCCGGGUGGAUAUGGUUCGAGACCACCGCCAUCUUCAGACACCCGUUCUUGGCUUUACGCAUUGGUAAGCUAUCAAACUUUUCUUGCUUUCUUGCUUUCUUUCUCGCUCUCCUUAUACUCUUUGUUUUAGUUCUCUGGGCGGCUUUCUUGUAGGUAUCGGGUGGAUUCGUAGAUGAUAUAGACCGGGUCAAAUCCCCCAGCCAUGUGCGUGUUAUCUAGCGCUGAAUUGGUGGGAUUGGCUGGUAACUCAAACUCAGGGCGCUCGGUUCACUCGCCAGGAUUCUAGUCCCAGUCAAAUUCUUUCAUUAGCCAUUUGUUGGAAGUGACGAGAUAUGGCCCAUGGCCAUAACUUGGGGGGAUUCGGGAAAGCAAGAAACGCAAAAUAGUCACCGCUCUUAGGGCCUUGGCAAUUCUGCGAACUCUGACCGGAAUAACUGUGACUAUCUCCAUCAUUGUGGGACUGAUAUUCCAAGACUUAAUUAGUAUGCAGAGCGCCGGCGAAACAUGUCUGCCUACUCGAAAACUGUAGGAUGUCGCUGCCACUACGGAGUAGAUUCAACACUAUCGUUUCCGUAGGUAGGGGUGGUUAAGGUGGUUUCACAGAAAUAAGUCAGCCAAUAAACAAGCAGCUGAAAAGGGUGGUAUUAGUAGCGAAUGUUCGUGAUCAUGAAGAUGGCAUGUCAAGAGGGGAAGUCAAA